UUUUUCAGCAAUAUCGGGGAAAAAUCAUGUCCGUGCUAUACGCAAUUUUAGUUUUCUUCGCAGCAGCAGUUUUUCAAUCUCAAUGUCAUUUACCUUGCGACUUGAAUUCAUGUCGAUUGCAAGUGGUUUGUGACAGUGAUGACAUUGGACAUACUAGGCAUCCAGAAAAAUGUCCACAGACUGCCUACAUUUUUCCCGGUGGUCAACAAACAACAGAUUUUAUUCGCCUCAAGUCUCCAAUACCACAGAUGCGUGAACUCUCUAUAUGUGCAUGGAUGACACCGAAAUCUGGUUCGAACGUGAAGGGUGCUUUUGUGAGUUACUCCACAUCGAGAAUGGAUAAUGCGUUUCUGGUGUUUUUUGAGGGCGGUAGUAAAUUGACCCUGUAUUACAAUCAAGUCAAUAGUCCGGAUACCACAAAUUUCCGGAUGACGACUAGAACGCAUUUUUGCAUAAGUUUGGAAACAUUUCUUGGAACAGCAAAAAUCUAUGUCAACGGAGCACUUUUUCAAACACGUACAUUUGCCAGCGAACGAAACGAAAUAGAAGGUGGAGGUGGUUUCAUAAUCGGACAAGAACAAGAUAGUUUUGUAGGCGGCUUCGAUGGCAGCCAGUCGUUUGCUGGAGUGAUUGAAAAUUUUAUGAUGUGGAAUCGAGCUCUCAGUCCAGAAGAGAUAACAACCUUGUAUCAGGACCCAUGCAUGUGUCCAAAACAUCACAUGUUGCAUCUAGCACUUCAUGAAAUUCAAGUGUAUGGAAAGGUGACAGCACAGGCUGUAGAUGGUUGUCAGUGAUAACAAGUUUAACAGACAGCAACGUUAUACAUUACGAAUUGAGGAGGAUGAUUCAAUUUUUUUAACGACAUUGCUUCUAGUUACACAUUUCUGUAUUAAAGUUAUUUUUAUGUACAGUA